CUUUUUCGGCGCAUAAUCUCCAUGCUGAAGGAAAAAUGCUCGAGACGCAUGGAAUAAUCAGUGGGGCCACCGUGACGAGGUAUUUGUUGCCGCGAGAGAACGACCAAGCCAAGGCGAAUCUGGACCUUGCGCAAUUACGGACACUGUUUGAAGUCCUCAGGUAACAUGGUGCGCGAAGACCGACGGUGGAUUCGAUCCACAGUGCCGCUUAAGAAGACGUCACCAGUUAAAACUGGUCUAGUGUAUUGCGCGACAUACUCGGAACCAUCUAUGCAUGCGGAUGGAUGUCUGGGAACAAUUCGCGCAAUUCCCACCCCGAACUCAAGUGUGGACUCGACUCGCGCAACUAGUUUCAUUACUGGGCUCUGAAAUACAUGGGUCCGUCGGUAACUUGGAUUCGGGUGGCAUCGGAAAGCGCUGGUGUGAGCGACUGAGUUGGUUGUAGCGACAGUCCUGAAGGGGGGCUUGACUCAUGCCACACAUAUUUUAUACAGCAGACGGAGGAUCGGGCAUGCUCGCAGUGGAAGCAGCUUAGAUAGCACUGCCAGCGGUGCUACUUUGCGGGGGGGUCCACCGGCCGUGCAUUCGGCCACAAGUGGAGAAUCGACCCCACUGGUGGCACAAGUCCGUGCAGCCUCUCGGAGGGGCCGACAGUUCUGGAAGAGGCGACGUGUCUCCGCACCGCGCCACGUUCGACAUCGACACACCUCGGGUAAGACGUUUCUUGCGUUGGCUGCGUGUGCGUCGUCGGGUCGCUGUGGCCACGGGAGUAGGCGGCAGUGCAGUCUUUGGGGAGGAGGUCACGCGGGAAGAUGUUCGGCGUUCGUGGGUCGUGUGGUGGCAAGCUGUCAUGGGGGUCAGCGUGAACUCGAUGGUGAGCGGGUGUUCAGGAGAUUCCUCCGCCCCUUCGUUCGACAUUGCAAUGCCGUCGUCGUCGCCGUGGUCGACGUUCAUCAGGUCAAACCCACAGCAGAGCUCGUCCGCGUCGUUGUUGUCGUCGUAAAGGUCGUCAUGGUUCUCAAGCAAGUCCGUAGACGUGUGGGUGGAGAUGGCCAGGCCUUCGGCCAGGAUGUCUGGUACGCGGAUGGCCUUUAGACGGUCCCAUAUGGAAGAGGAUUCUGAUGGCAUCUCAAGGAUGUUGUCCAGGGCCUUGGUUGGUGUCCGGAAGGGUGAAUCCACGAUCGGUUCAUUGUCCGACGACCUAAAGCGCUUGAAAAAAUCGGGUGGAGACCACCGGCGGGGCCGCUCCGUCAACUCUUCGUGGCGCAGCACGAUGUCCACUUCGACAUCGUCGUCGUCUUCAGCAGGGUUUGCUGGGUUUGUCGAUGCAGCUUUCACUGGAGUGGCGGUUGGCGCUUCAAACUGCCGCUUCUUCAAUUGCAGUGCAGCCGCCUUCUUCUUGGUGUCGGCAAUCACGGGGGAAAUGCCGAAGGAAUCCGGUAGGCCAAGUCUUGAAGGCAAGGGUGUCAACGCGCUUGUCAUCACGUCAGGGAGUUGAACUUGCAAGAGCCGACUGCUUUUGCGUGAGGACGGCGCGGGGGUUGCAAACUCCUGCGGCGUUGACUCAUGGGGUCUGCGCAUCUGGGAGGCAGAUUCAACGGGCGAUUGAAAGCUAUCGCCAAACGACGUCGACGUGGUGAAUGAGGUGAUGACGUGCAUUGUGCAGCUUGUGGACGUCUCUGUCGCUACAUUCGAUGACACCAUGGAAUUCUGUAGAGAGUGCUGCUUUUCAUCGCAUUCUUCUUCCUCGGUAUGGGCUCUUGAGACCAUGAAGGUGCUUCGAGGCUUGAUUGGGGUCACAAAUGCAUUAACGAGGCUUCUUGUCCACGGUUGCUUCGCUGGAGGGGUCUGAAUGGAGCUGUUGCUUUCGUCAGAUUGCUCCGCCGAUCGUAGCCACGACGAGACUCGAUUUGUCACCUCUGGAAGGCGCGCUGUCGUGGCACUAAGGUCGUUCACCUCGCCCUCUGCGUACUUUCGCAGCACAAGCAACCCAGGGCCGUACAAGUCUUCAAUCGACUUCAUGUAAUACUGCUUUUUCAUGUCGUCAAGCGUGAUGUGGAGCUUUCCAGUGGCUGCAAUGCGCGUGCAUUCGGCCUCCGUUAGCGCGUGGGAUGCGAAGGCUGCGUCCAUCUGUGUGUCGUUCGUCUUGGGUUGCUUCCGACUAUCAAAGCGAGCCAG